AACUCUGCUCACUCAGAGGCCCCACCCAAGUGAACAGACAUUGGUUAUAAACUAUAAAACACGCCCUUCUCUCUCCUACUAUAUAAGCCCUGUUAUGAAAAUGUAACCUCCUGUUCCAAGGACAAGAGGACGGUGGUCUUCACUUUAAAAGAACAAGAUCAACAACAGAACUAAGGCAACCUCAGCGUGAGCUCUGGUUGAACGACAAGAACCUACUGAAAUUAGCAUCGAAUUUCAACGUGAAGAUGAUGAUCAACACACCGAAAGGAUGAAUUUCGACUAUACCUUCCAGAAUAUAGCAUGAGCUUAAAGUAUGGCAACUUGGUGUGAACUUUGAACUCUUAAUCACUAAAUAAGUGAUACCUCCUAGCUGUUGCGUUAGCAACCACAGCUGUAAACGUGGGCUAGGAAAGGACGGACAAAGGACCUGUUCUACCAGACGACGACGGUUCUACCAAGUAUACGUUCUACCACCAGACAUUCUUCAAAGGACAACCCGUCCUUCCACCUACGACCAACCGAUCGAAGCGCAGCUCAGAGGAAAGAAAAUGCAGCGACAAAACCAAAGAGGAAUAACGGAGACCUUUUUCCGCGGGGAGCAUCAGAGUAUAGAAACCUUGAAAAUGGAGACCCCACUAAGUUGUAGAUGUCUUAUUUCAAAAGACAUUCCACUGUACCCCAAAGCUGACAGAGCGGAAUUUCACGUGGACAAAGUCUGUCAUGUAACCACUCCAACAGGCCUGACAGGAAUCAUGGAUCUGAGUGGAUUUACAGCAGGGCAAACAGGGGGUUUCACAUGGUGGGCUCUUCACAUUACAGAAGGGGAAAUUGAGGCAGCAGAGAAUCGCUUCCUUGAAAAGGAACAGCUUUCCUUUGACCCAACAACGGGUGAAGAACAAAGACACAAUCCAUUCCUGAAGGAAUUCACCACCUCCCCUGUCUUCCAAAAGGGAUCUCGGUACGGGAACUUUAAGUUGACCUUCCCCUUGGAGGAUCUCAUGCAGAUGUACACAGAGCAGAUCUGUGAGGGAGAGAAGCCUGUCCUGAGAGUCUAUGAAACCGUGGUUUACAAGCAGGAGAUCAUGUACGUUGUGGUUGUCCACGGUCCAGAUGUGACAGAGUUUGAUGAGUACCCACUUCUUGCUGAUGAGAAUGAUGAGGCAAUAUGCAUUUAUAAAGAUGGUCAAAUUGUCUGGCGUGCAGAAGCAAUAUGUGAAACCCAUACAAAGAAGCUGAUCAUCAACAGAGAGAGUGGAACAGUUGAAACAGAAGAACUUGGACGUGGUUUUGAGUAUUUCAUGUGGGACCAUGUGACCCUGGCAUUCCAUCUGCCAGCUGACCGCACCCUCCCAGUUGAAGAGGGAGUAUUAAAGGAUAGACUCCAUGCAUGUGAGGGUAUCAGACCUUUUCUCCAGGAUGAGUGUUUAACACUAGAGGAGGCAGAAGCAGUAGUCAAUGCCAUAAAGAACUCUAUAUAGGGACAGUGCUAGUGACAGUGCUAUAUGGGGACAGUGCUAUAUGGGGACAGUGCUAUAUGGGGACAGUGCUAGUGACAGUGCUAUAUGGGGACAGUGCUAGUGACAGUGCUAUAUGGGGACAGUGCUCGUGACAGUGCUAUAUGGGGACAGUGCUAUAUGGGGACAGUGCUAGUGACAGUGCUAUAUAGGGACAGUGCUCGUGACAGUGCUAUAUAGGGACAGUGCUCGUGACAGUGCUAUAUAGGGACAGUGCUCGUGACAGUGCUAUAUAGGGACAGUGCUCGUGACAGUGCUAUAUAGGGACAGUGCUCGUGACAGUGCUAUAUGGGGACAGUGCUAGUGACAGUGCUAUAUGGGGACAGUGCUCUUGACAGUGCUAUAUGGGGACAGUGCUAUAUGGGGACAGUGCUCGUGACAGUGCUAUAGGGGGACAGUGUGUUAAGGGAAUUUUUUAUCUAUAAUGACUAAUUAUGUCACGCUUCUCCACCUGCAUUGCUUGCUGUUUGGGGUUUUAGGCUGGGUUUCUGUACAGCACUUUGAGAUAUCAGCUGAUGUACGAAGGGCUAUAUAAAUAAAUUUGAUUUGAUUUGAUUUGAUGUAUACAUUUCAAUCAGGAUGUACUAAUCAGAAUACUAUUAUGUUACUGUAUAUGUACUAAUCAGAAUAAUAUUAUGUUACUGUAUUAUAUUAAAUUAUAUUAAAUUGGUAGGGAGACGGAUGUGGGAAGGCCGGAGAUACAGCCUUUGUACUGGAACGGAGAUGACACGGGUUGGUGUUUGAGCUAAUGACGUCAUUUUCAGUUCAUAACCUGUGGUAACCUGUAUCGUGGCAGUACUCUCGUGAAUAAAGGCUGCUAUUUGACUUUAA